ACCUUCCCUUUUCUUUUGGGAUCCGCCUUUCUCCAACCUUAUCCCCACCUCUUAUCAACUCCAACACCGGAGGACAUGCUCUGUUUCUCCCACUUACACAUGCAGUUACAGCCAUGGAGUUUCUGUCUGUAUUUCCCUCCUUUUCCCUUCCUCUCCGAAACUACCCCAAAGCAUGCAGACCUAAAUUCAACUACAAGACCAUCUCUCUUCCCCCAAACUCCCUUCCCAUGUCUGAUUACCGAGAAACCCAAUUUCCCUCCGCCAAGGAAAACCCUUCAAGCCCUCUCCAUAACCAUAACAAUGUUCCUGUUGUCACUGACUCUCCCCCUUCUACCUAUAUUUCUCUUAAAACACAUCUCGGUUCUCUUCUUAUGGGACUCGUUGCUCCUCUUUCUUCCUUGGCUUCUGAGGUUACUGCCCCAGCAGAGCAAGUAACUGAUAAAAUUAACUUAGAAUCAAUCAUAGUUUCAAUUGAUGACUUCUUCAAUCGGAACCCCUUUUUUGUCUCUGGUGUUACAUUCAUUUGGUUGGUUGUUAUCCCUCUGAUUGAGGACUAUUUCAGUAAAUGGAAGUAUAUUUCUGCCAUUGAUGCAUUUGAGAAGCUCCGGGAGGACCCAAAUGCACAAUUGUUGGAUAUUAGGAACCGGAAGAGCGUGGUUUAUUUGGGUUCUCCCAAUUUGAAGAUCUUGAAUAAGAGGGCGGUGCAGGUUCAUUUUUCUGAAGGUGAUGAAGAUGGCUUUGUGCAGAAGGUGUUGGAGAACUUUGCUGAUCCCGCAAAUACGACACUCUGCAUUCUGGACAAUUUUGAUGGUAAUUCCUUGAAAGGGGCCGAGUUACUAUUCAAGAAUGGUUUCAAAGAAGCUUAUGCACUCAAAGGUGGUGUAAGAGGCGAGAAAGGCUGGCAGGAAAUACAAGAAUCCCUUCUGCCACCAUCUGUACAUAUUUACCGCAAGAAGAAAGUUAAAAAGUCAAAACAGAUUGAGAUGAAUGGAGGAAUUAAUGGGCUUGAAGUCGAAAAUAAUGCUUCGUCUUCUUCAAGUGCCUCUAUAGGUGGAAGUGCGAAUAUGGAGCAUGAUGUUGUAAACAAUCCCGUGGAGCAACUGUGAUUUGAUUCUAUAUCAACUUUUACUUUGAUGUA